GGAAUUCUCCCAACGGUCGGCAGAUACGAAUAUUUCAGGCGGCACUGUCUCUCCCAAUGAUGCACUGCCGUUCGUGACCGAAGCCGACAUCUUCCGUUUGUUGGAACGACCGUUUGCAGCACUGUAGUCCGUUGUUAUGUUGGCGUCCACGUUGUCUUCCGUCUGCUGCCGUCGUCGUCUACUGUUUCAUGGCUGACGUGUUCCGCAGGCUGCCGCUGCUGCUCCUGGUUGUCCUGUUGCUGCACCUCUUGGUUGUGUUCCACGUGUGUAUCCUCGGGAACGUACCGCGGCGUCGAAGCAAAAGAAGGUCUUUGAUGAAGGACACCAGGACGGAGGCACGGCAGGCGAUCGCCAGGUCCAGAGGGGAGCAGGUCGGCGGGAGGCGGUGCGGGGGACGCCCGUCGACCGUUGGGAGGGCGUCCCAGCGGGUUGGGUAUGAGGCAUUGCCACUGCACUUGCAACCACUCCCCGGCUCAUCAGACGAGGAGGAGGAGGAGAGACGGCCACACACCGUGUCGUUCGGCAGUGGAUCGACGCAGGAGUGGGCAGCUACGGAGCUAUGCGGGACGGGCGGCGGCGUGUACGAGCAGUCGUUCACUGAACUCCUUCGCCCGGGCCUUAGCGGCGAUGAAGGAGAUGGCCGCGUCAACCUGUCGUUUGGUCUGUCCACCGGGCGGUCCUCAACUCCAUCGCGCACAGUCCUCGUGCACCCCCACCCCGACGAUGACGGCGGGCAAUUGACGGCUGUCGACCGAUCAUCGAAGACGAGGGUGUUGGCGCGCGAUACGACGGGAGCGAACCUGAACUCGUCAACGCAGCAAGCAUGGGCACCCUCUCUGUCCAGGGCCGCCCAGGCUCGGCCCCACUGGAUGCAGUCGCCGUCUCCCCUGUCUGCGGCAUCCGAAGUGGCCCGCCGCCAUGGGAGGGAGGUGUGGAAGGAACACCGGCGGGAGCUUCGGGCGUGGCAAGAGGAAUCCAUCACACGGGGGCUGGAGCGUCUUCGCGUGGGUGACCGGGAGAAGGAAACAAGCGAUCCACCUGCGGAAGCAGACGACGACGACAAAGAUGACAUCGACGGAGAAGGCGGGGAAGGGGGGGGCGGUUACGUGUCGUCGUGCUUGCAGAGCGACAUGGUUCGUAAGGGCGGGAAGUCGAAGCCUUUCGGCCGCACUGGUCGUCCACGGGCGAAGAAAGGCCAGGGAAAGGGGAGCGGUGGCGACGGCGACGGGGAUGGGGCACGCGUACGCCCAGAUGAAACCGUGGGAAUGAAAAUGGCAAGACGUCGCUCAAAGAUUGAAGAACGUGGGCGUGGUCAGGGAUGCCGAGAAAUGCGGGAAGAAGUGGGACAAUCUGAUGCAGCAGUUCAAGAAAGUCCAUCAUUUUCAAUCGUCGUCCGGGGGGGCUGGGACAAUCUGAUGCAGCAGUUCAAGAAAGUCCAUCAUUUUCAAUCGUCGUCCGGGGGGGCUGACUUCUUCCAGUUGUCGGCCAAGGAGAGGGCGAGCAGGGGCUUCAAUUUCACUAUGGAUCGUGCUGUUUACGACGAGAUAGAGGGGUCGACCGGGAUAAACCAUACCAUCCACCCGAAGAACGUGGCAGGCACUGGUGCUUCUGCCGGUGUUCGUCUGCCAUCGACGUCGAACGCGGAUCCUGAAUCGGUGGCGGAUGGGGACGGAGGUGGGGCGAGAAGACGACGACGAGGGGUCGACGCGAGGUUCUUCCCAGACGACGGGUACCCUCGCUGGUUUUGGGAAGAGGAAGAGCACGAGGCAGCAGACUUUCGACGCGCUGACGGAAUGCUUGGAGAAGCACAGGGCGCUAAUGGCGUCGACGAUGGAGAGUGCAAGCAAGCGGCAAUGCUCCAUCCAGGUCCGGCAGUGCGAGGCGUUGGAAGCUGAAGUGGAAGUGCAGAGGAAGCACAAUGCUGCGUCGGACGAAGUCAACAAACUCAUGUGCCACGC